UCCCUCCGUGCCGGCCAAGGGCUGCUCGCCGCGGCGGGGCUCCGGGAGAGCGGCUGCCCAGCGACCCUCCCUCCCGCGUCCCCGGGGCAUGAGCAGCCAUGGCCGUCGGAGGCCCCGAGGAGAAAACCUACCGGCGCUUCUUGGAGCUGUUCCUCGGCGAGUUCCGCGGACCGUGCGGCGGCGGCGAGCCCCAGCCCCCGCCCCAGCCGGACCUGCAGCCCGAGCCCCAGCCCGAGCCCCAGCCCGCCCAGUCCCUGCCGGAGCCCCAGCCGGAGCCCGGACAGCCUGCAGCGCAACCAGGAGAGGCGCCGGAGGAGGAGGAGGAGGAGGAGGACCGGCGCGACCAGGAGGGAGAAGGGGAGAAGCGGGAGCAAGAAGAAGAAGAGGAGGAGGUGGAGGAGGAGGAGGAGGCGGGGGGUCCGGGGCACCCGGCCGUGUCCUCGCCCUCUCCCCCGCCGCCCCUGCCGCCCCUGCCCCCGCUCCCGCGCCCGCUGUCGGAGCGCAUCACCCCGGAGGAGGUGGAGGGCGAGAGCCUGGACCUCUGCCUGCAGCAGCUCUACAAAUAUAACUGCCCUUCAUUUCUGGCCGCCGCCUUGGCCAGAGCGACAUCAGAUGAAGUCCUUCAGAGUGAUCUUUCGGUGCACUACAUACCAAAGGAAACAGACGGGGCCGAAGGGACCGUUGAGAUCGAGACCGUGAAACUGGCCCGUUCCGUCUUCAGCAAACUCCACGAGAUCUGUUGCAGCUGGGUGAAAGACUUCCCUCUCCGCAGGAAACCCCAGCUCUACUAUGAGACGUCCAUUCAUGCCAUCAAGAACAUGCGCCGGAAAAUGGAGGACAAGCACGUCUGCAUUCCGGACUUUAACAUGCUCUUCAACUUAGAGGACCAAGAGGAACAGGCCUACUUCGCGGUGUUUGAUGGGCACGGAGGGGUGGACGCUGCCAUCUACGCCUCCAUCCACUUGCACGUGAACAUGGUGCGCCAAGAGAUGUUCCCUCACGACCCGGCCGAGGCCCUCUGCCGCGCCUUCCGGGUGACAGACGAGCGGUUUGUGCAGAAGGCCGCCAGGGAGAGCCUGCGCUGCGGAACCACGGGGGUGGUGACCUUCAUCCGCGGCAAUAUGCUCCACGUCGCCUGGUUGGGCGAUUCCCAGGUCAUGCUCGUGAGGAAAGGCCAAGCGGUGGAGCUCAUGAAGCCUCACAAGCCUGACAGAGAGGACGAGAAGCAGCGGAUCGAGGCCCUGGGCGGCUGUGUGGUCUGGUUCGGGGCCUGGCGCGUUAACGGAAGCCUGUCGGUCUCCAGAGCGAUUGGGGACGCCGAGCACAAGCCAUACAUCUGUGGAGAUGCGGACUCCGCCUCCACGGUCCUGGACGGGUCCGAAGACUACCUCAUCCUGGCCUGCGACGGCUUCUACGACACCGUGAACCCCGAUGAGGCGGUGAAGGUGGUGGCGGACCACCUGAAGGAAAACAACGGCGACAGCAGCAUGGUGGCCCACAAACUGGUGGCCUCGGCGCGGGACGCCGGCUCGAGCGACAACAUCACGGUGAUCGUGGUCUUCCUGAGGGACAUGAACACCGCCGUCCACGUCAGCCAGGAGUCCGACUGGACAGAGAACUCGUUCCGAGGAGGGCAAGAAGACGGCGGGGACGACAAGGAGAACCACGGAGACUGCAAGCGCCCUUGGCCUCAGCACCAGUGCUCGGCCCCGGCGGACCUUGGCUACGACGGGCGGGUGGACUCUUUCACCGAUCGAACUAGCCUGAGCUCGGGUUCCGAGAUCAGCGCCCUCCAGGACCCGGGCUACCUCGACCUCGCCGGAGCCAACCCCGGCCGACCUCCGAGUGCCGGCUGGGGACCGGCUGUGGAGGCGUCUGGGCCCGGAGGGCCCGAGGGGGCGGUCUGGGCCGACGCCGCGACGAUGGCGGAAGAACCCGGAAGGCCGGCGGCGGACGGACGGGGUGACGGCCGAGAGCGUCCGGCUUAUUUUGGCUUGGAUCCCGCGGGGCGGGGCGGCCUCCGCCCAGAGAUUCUGUUUCCGGUCUGGCCGGGGCCGGAAGGUGGACGCUUCGAGCCCGGGGAGAGGAGAGGGUCUCGCGAUGCUCACUUGCGUCACUACGAUUAUGCCAGGAGGCGGCACGGUUUCAGGGUCAAGCCAAAGUUUCAUUCCUUCCUCUUUGCUCGAGAGCCUCCCCGCCGGGCGGGCACCGGCCGAUCUCCACUGGUCCUAGCCGGGCGGAGAAGCAGGCUGCUGCCGAGACCGUGUCUGGUGGGGAGGCCCGAUGGCUGCCAGAGUUACAGUGGGAAUGUGCUGAUGAUGCUGAGGAAGAAUGACUGUAUACCUUACCCCAACUGGCCCUGGAGCUGUCAAAUCUAGCACUUCUUUAAAGUAGGUUAGCCACACAUGACCCCCUUUAGUCCCCUUUAAGCCCCGAGAAAACUGGCACCCUCCUAACCAGCGAGGUGGCCCAAUCAGAACCAUGUGUUUCGUAUUAGGAUUCCCCGUAAGGCUCUUCUCUGUAAAUAGCUGUCUAGAAAUGUAGACUAGUGUAUCGGUCCCAGGGGAAAAUACUGGUAACUCCACUACCUAAAUUAGCCCUCGGUGUACUCCCACACCUCUGUCCAUCCUUAACGCGUGCCCCUUCCUCUCUCUACUCCCCAACCCCCCCCGCCCGGCCCAUCUCCACACACCUCUAGUAGACUCCGCUUAGCUGGCUCCUUUGACAAGAUGCAGUUAGGAAACAGUUUUAAACAUUCGACGCAACAGUCAACAGCCCAAUAUUCCUAAAAUGUCUUUGGAGCAGGACUCUUAGAGAGAUGCUGAAUUCAGAUUGCCAAACUGGGUGGAGGAAAAGGGGGGGGGUCCCCAAAAGCCUGGGUGCGUUUCUGGGCUUUAACUUCAGGUUUUUGUUACCGUAAAUGAACGAUCUAUAGGAAAAGACUCACUUUUUAGGUAAAAGGUGAAAAAAGGUAUGGAUUCUUAACGAGUCAGGUAGGAAGUAUGGAAGACUGUGGCUGCAUCAGAUUGAAGUAUAUCAUCCUAAGAGGUCAGCGGUUGAUUUUUUUCCAUAACUGAAGAGGCCGGAUAGGGGACCGGCUGAUGUGGUAAAGUGAUUCCCUCUCGCUUUCGUUUACUAAGGGUUUCUUAUCCUUUAUUUGGUGCUCAUCGGGGAAUCGUUCAUCACCACCGUUGUUUUAGGCCACUGCUUUACCCUAACACGAAGCUGACGGUCCUGCAGCCAGCUCUCGUCACUAGUGGGACCUUCGUCUCGGUGGAGCGAACAGGAACUGGUGCCUGGAGAGGCUGUCCAGGUACAAGCGCCUUCGUGUUUGGCAUUUUAAAAAUCCCUGAUUUUCUAUCGAUUCAAAAAGGAAUUUGGUUCUCUAAGUUUACGGAGAGCGGGAGGCGUGAUUGUUCUACAGAGAAACCCUGGAUUUCAGGGGCGUUAAGCGCUUGAGUUUUGUGAGGUUUCAGUCAGUGGAACGAGGACUCUGGAGCCCUAAGGGUUGGAGGCCGAAAGCUCGGCCCACUGAGAACUCAGAGUCUCUGAAGGGCCGGUGAAUGCAGAGGACGAGUCGUUUAGCGGGGUGGGGACCGCAGAGUCCUCCCCCACCCCUGUCCAGUGCUGUGAGGCAUGCUGACUUCUCUGCUCCUUGGGAAAAAGUAGGCCCCUAGGUAUUUUUUCAUCGAUUCUUCGGAUUGAAGCUUGUCUUAUGUUUUCAUCAUAGGGUAAGACUAUCAGGGUCAUGAAAGGAAAGAAUUAAGAGUCUAACACGGCAAUAUUAUCCAUGCAGCAAAAUACUAACUCGUGCCUAGACUCCCAAUUUGUUUAGUGUCAUUUGUUAAUCGUGGAUGUGAAUGUAAAUCCCGAGAGUCACAGGAGCAAUGAGUGAUCGGUGUUGUUACGGUGUACUUUUUUGAUUUCCAGAUAGAUUCAUUUAGAUUCUAACUAGUGAUUGCUGCUGCUUGAGAACUUAAGACUUGCAUUCUGCUGAGAUCGAGGCUGGUUCUUUUGGUAGAUCUUUGAAAGCAAGCUGAAGCGGUGUUAAAAGCUGUGAGCCAAAUGGGUCCCAAAUGCAGUAUUUGACUUUUUCCUGCUUUUCUAUCCGACACAUACACACUUAGGGAUCUGGUGGAUCUUACCUCUUUCUUUUUUCCCCGAAGCCCUGAGCCGCCUUUUAACCAGCUUGCAGGUGCAGAGUGUCUGUUUCCAGUAAGAUUAGCUAAGGAAACCUGAGGAACCAUGGGGCAGAGGCAGUGGGGAUUGAGGGCCCUCUCCCACCCACCUCCACCCCGAUUUUUACACUUCGACAAUAAACCAGAAGUGGGUGGUAUGAAGUUAUUGCUCUUUCCCGCCAAGAGAUGAGGUAAGUGCAAAUUUCAGCUCUAAAAGAAACAGGCGGGCUUCGAAAGGCAGACAGACAGGCAGCUGUGGAGAGAGGGAACUGAAGAGUGGCUUUUUCUGCGGGAAUGGGUUGCCUGGCCCCAGCCUAUCCCUGCCGAUCACGUCUCUAAGGGUGUGGUUUUCUAAAUCGGGUCUUCUAAGACACAUUCAUGCCAUCUCUCAUAGCCCUAGCCCUGUGGUAAUGAAUUAACCAGUAGUUCCAGGGUGGCCACGGUCUAAACCGGUAUUGGUUUUUUAAGAAGAGAACAAAAAAAACAAAAACAAAGAGAAAAAGCAUUCUUUUCUUCAUCGCGGGCAUAUAGAAUAGUUAGGUGCCAUUUGUAAGGUAACUCCUUUAAAAUCCUAUACUACAUACUAUAGUAGUGGUUUUUGGUCUGAUAUACCGCUCUGGAUCGUACACACUAGACAAAAAGCAGUGCUUUGUGAAACGCAGUGUUUUAUCUUCAUGCCGCUGGUGAUAGGAAGUAGUCUUCUUCAGUUCAAACUCCUGUGCCCUUAUCUGCUGCUUGCUGAAGUAAGCAAUAAAUCCUCCUCUAAUGGUAUUUAAGCACCUCCGUAUCUUGUACCCUCUGAUGGUGAGUCUGGUGCCAGUGUUGAACAUUGUAGACAGAUAUCAAAGUAUCUAUAGGAUGUAUUUAUUAACUUACUACUGAGGCUUAGUCCGUGAACCGUGUGUUGUAUUUUUAGUCACUGUGUAACUACGUGGUGGUGAUGGUGGUGGUGAUGUUGUUUGAACAAGCAAUCCUUUAAGAGCUGCAGUAUCCCCUUUUCACCCGAACACCAAUCUGCCUCGGUUUCAGUGGAUCGGCUUCACGGGUCAGGGAAAGGAGGGAGCUAGGAAGAGAGAAGAAAGGGGGUGGUUUGGGAAGUGGACUUCAGGCCUCCAGCUUCAACUUUUCCAAAAAAAAAAAAACCUCGCUUCUAAGCUCUUCACUGUGAGUUUUAAAGGGAUUCAAUACCCCACUUACUGUUUCUCUGCAUUCGCUUUGGAAAUGUGCAAUUUAGGCUACAGGACAGCACCACAUCCCAGUGCUGUUGACCCCCACUUUGACUUAGACUAAAAAGGUGGGUAGAAACACACACACACACACACACACAUGUAAAUAAUUUUUCUUUACCUACAAGUGCCAUCCAUUGUCCUUGCAAAUAAGGAAACUACAUUCCUGCCCUUGGCCCACAGAGCAGUCUCACCUGCCUAAUUAAAACGAAAGUGACCCUUUCUCCGAGGACAGUGUCAAAACUGAGUUUAACUUUUUGCCACAUUUAUAGUGGUUACGUUGUCAGCACUGCAUUUUCAUGCCAACCCCACUCCACUGUUAGAACACCGUGUCGAUGAAAAGCGCAACCUUCUAUGGGCAAACAUGAUGCGUUAAAAAAAAAUACAUUUCAGUGUUUACAGAUAGAUGCAACUGCUGUUAGAGUUCAAGUACCCCCCUGCACACACACCCACCACCCCAGGCUGGCUGUAGCUCAAGAAAGAUUGAUCUAAAUUACUGGUUGUGGUUCAGCACAGAUUUGUCUGCUCAUCUGCCGCUCUCAUUUUGGCCAGGCUAUUAAAAAAAGGGGAUACUUCAGCUUUGCUCAUGCCUAUAAUUUAGGCCAAUCUUUCCUUGAAACCUGGCGCCAGGGAAAAAAACAACCAAAAAACAACAAAAAAAAAGCAUUUCCUCCCUUGUCUCGUGUGUGAUAGGCAGUGUGCAGAGGGCCGCCCCACCCUCGUUUCUAGCUUGUGGAAACUUAAAUGUUAAAGUACUUUUCAGUGGGGUUGGUUGGUCGGUCGGGCUCCAACCACCACCUUGAACAAGCCUAUCAGCUGCCGCUAUUAUAACAGAAGAAGUAUUUUCCAUGAAAAAAAGAAUUUAGUUGAAAAGGAUUCUUCACGUCGCUCAAGUUUUCCCAUAACUACAUUUAGCUGCCAACGGUUGGACCGUUAACUUGGCCGGAGAGCAAACCGGAGCCAGGAGAGGAAAGCCCAGUGAGCAGGUUCUCUUUCGGUAGGACUCUUCAAAAUCGGUUUUGGAGCUGGGUUAGCUAUCUGGGGGUGAGCUUCAAGUCUUACACUGGGUGCUCUUGGUGAGAGAGACAUGAUGUAUUCUCUUGUUCAUGACAUUUCUCUGCAAUGAAUUCUCUGUGAAGUGAAUCGGUUGAAGCCAAUCCUUUCUUACAAAGUCUAUGGAAUUUCUCCAUUUGCAAACCUGCUCUACAGCUCGCUCGUGGGCUGAGUUGUAAUCAUGUAUUCUCACCCGUGUUUUAUUUUUAAAUAGUUCAUUCAGGUAAGAACUAUGUUGAAACUCUGCCAGUAUCUUAAUAAAACACAGCAAUUAAAAAGUC